AUGCAUUUCUUCUUCCCAAGGCGGCACCGUCACUAUAAGCUCACCCUCUGGCUGAUGGUAGCCGAGCUUCCGAUCACGGUCGUUGUUCUGACUUUGACUGGUCUUGCUUCCCACAAUACUUACCGGACGUUGCUAUGGCAAGAUGGCGCGGAUAAUGGUUUCAACAGCGCACCCAAUGCGGCGCUAUAUGCUGCUGCUAACUACCGACCAUAUACGACUCCCAUGAUUUGGUCGUCGUUUAUGACCAACUACAAUCUCGUCAUUGGAGUGCUCAGCGUCUUCUUAUUGAUCGUCAAAUUCCCAGUUCACUCCAUGCACCUAUUCUUCCCUCCCAUCGGGGCCUUCAUCCAGGGUUCCAUCAUGGUGCUUUACAUUGUUUCGGCCCGCUUCCAAGCUAGCAGCGACAUGUCAGACCCGAAGCAUCCGCAGUCGGGCCCACCUUGGUAUAUCACGAAGAGCUGCAGUGUUGCCGCGCACAAGUCAAACAUUGGAUACUGUGAACAAGCAAAGUCGCUAUUUGCUGUCACAAUUGUGAUAAUUUUCCUCUACUUUGUGGAAUUCGUCAUCGUCGUUCACUCGUGUUUCAUCACCAAGGCAGAGCGUGAUGAAAUCUUGGAACAAAGAGAAGAGAAGCGCAUCGAGAAGGAGUUUGAAGAAGAGAUCAUGAAUUCACCCAGCAUGAUCCCCAUGACGCCCGCCUUUGAUCAAGUUAUGAUCCCCCGCACUCCCGGAUACCCACCCAUGGCUGCCACAAGUCCAGUAACACAUGGAGGAAUUCUCCAUGCGCCGUUUACUCCACGGUCUUCUGUACGCACGCCGGGCUUUAAUAGACUCGGUGGUGCAAGUACGUCUUCGGAUCUUCCACUGCGGGAUAACUCCAACAUGUCCACACCCCAGCUACAGUCUCGACCAGUACAGGCGGUAGAGCCCCAGUCAAGACCUGAAUCAGCGAUGUACUUCCCACCGCCGCCGAAGAAAGCAUCAAAGAAAUAA